CCGGCAGUGCUCGUGAGCCCGGCAGCCAUGUCUUAUGCCGCUGAUGAUUACGAAUCCGAGGCGGCUUAUGAUCCCUAUGCUUAUCCGGGCGACUAUGAUAUGCACACAGGAGAUCCAAAGCAGGACCUUGCUUAUGAACGUCAGUAUGAACAGCAAACCUAUCAGGUGAUCCCUGAGGUGAUCAAAAACUUCAUCCAGUAUUUCCACAAAACUGUCUCGGAUUUGAUUGACCAGAAAGUGUAUGAGCUACAGGCCAGUCGAGUCUCCAGCGAUGUCAUUGACCAGAAGGUAUAUGAGAUCCAGGAUAUCUAUGAGAACAGCUGGACCAAGCUGACUGAAAGAUUCUUCAAGAAUACACCUUGGCCCGAGGCCGAAGCCAUUGGCCGAAGCCAACCACAGGUUGGCAACGAUGCUGUCUUCCUGAUUUUAUACAAAGAAUUAUACUACAGGCACAUAUAUGCCAAAGUCAGUGGGGGACCUUCCUUGGAGCAGAGGUUUGAAUCCUAUUACAACUAUUGCAAUCUCUUCAACUACAUCCUUAAUGCCGAUGGUCCUGCUCCCCUUGAACUGCCCAACCAGUGGCUCUGGGAUAUCAUCGAUGAGUUCAUCUACCAGUUUCAGUCAUUCAGUCAGUACCGCUGCAAGACUGCCAAGAAGUCAGAGGAGGAGAUUGACUUCCUUCGUUCCAAUCCCAAAAUCUGGAAUGUUCACAGUGUCCUCAAUGUCCUUCAUUCCCUAGUAGACAAAUCCAACAUCAACCGACAGUUGGAGGUAUACACAAGCGGAGGUGAUCCUGAGAGUGUGGCUGGGGAGUAUGGGCGGCACUCCCUCUACAAGAUGCUUGGUUACUUCAGCCUGGUGGGGCUUCUCCGCCUGCAUUCCCUGUUAGGAGAUUACUACCAGGCCAUCAAGGUGCUGGAGAACAUCGAACUGAACAAAAAGAGUAUGUAUUCCCGUGUUCCAGAGUGCCAGGUCACCACGUACUAUUAUGUUGGAUUUGCAUAUUUGAUGAUGCGUCGCUACCAGGAUGCCAUCCGGGUCUUUGCCAACAUCCUCCUCUACAUCCAGAGGACCAAGAGUAUGUUCCAGAGGACCACAUAUAAGUAUGAGAUGAUUAACAAGCAGAAUGAGCAGAUGCACGCGCUGCUGGCCAUUGCCCUCACCAUGUACCCCAUGCGUAUCGAUGAGAGCAUUCACCUCCAACUGCGGGAGAAAUACGGAGACAAGAUGCUGCGCAUGCAGAAAGGUGACCCACAGGUCUAUGAAGAACUUUUCAGUUACUCCUGCCCCAAGUUUCUGUCGCCAGUAGUGCCCAACUACGAUAAUGUGCACCCCAACUACCACAAAGAGCCCUUCCUGCAGCAGCUGAAGGUGUUCGUUGAUGAAGUACAGCAGCAGGCCCAGCUUUCAACCAUCCGCAGCUUCCUCAAGCUCUAUACCACCAUGCCUGUGGCCAAGCUGGCUGGCUUCCUGGAUCUCACAGAGCAGGAGUUCUGGAUUCAGCUUCUUGUAUUCAAACACAAGAUGAAGAACCUGGUGUGGACCAGCGGUAUCUCAGCCCUGGAUGGUGAAUUUCAGUCAGCUUCAGAGGUUGACUUCUACAUUGAUAAGGAUAUGAUCCACAUUGCGGACACCAAGGUCGCCAGGCGCUAUGGGGAUUUCUUUAUCCGUCAGAUCCACAAAUUUGAGGAGCUUAAUCGAACCCUGAAGAAGAUGGGACAGAGACCCUGACGACAUUUAUACACAUCAUUCAGGAGCCUGUUUUGAUAUAUUUUAGGCAGGAAGUGUUUCUGCUACCGUGAAACCUUUACCUAGAUCAGCCAUCAGCCUGUCAACUCAGUUAACAAAUUUAGGACCAAAGUGUUUCAAGUAGAUCUCAGUAAAGGAUCUUUGGAGCCAGAAAAAAAAAAAAAAAAA